AGCGCGUUGGUCUGUAGACAAGCCGGCAAAAAUGUCGGACAAGACCUGCACCAUCCGCACUCGCAAGUUUAUGACCAACAGGCUGCUGCAGCGGCGGCAAUUUAUUAUUGACGUCCUGCACCCUGGCCGGCCGAACGUCUCCAAGGCUGAGCUUAAGGAAAAGCUGACAUCUAUGUACGAUGUCAAGGACAGCCAGUGCGUUUUCCUGUUCGGCUUCCGCACCCAGUUUGGUGGUGGCAAGUCCACGGGCUUUGGCCUUAUCUAUGACGACCUGAAGGCGGCCAAGCAGUUUGAGCCCAAGUACCGCCUCAUCAGGAAUGGCCUGGAGAAGAAGGUGGACAAGUCGCGCAAGCAGAUGAAGGAGCGGCGGAAGCGUGCCAAGAAGGUCCGCGGUGCCAAGAAGAACGCUAGCGGUGAGUCUGAUGGGAAUCACCUGGCUUGGCGCGUCCCUGUGUUGAGUGCGUGGCUCAAUGGACGCAUGGCUCAAGCAAAUGCGGUAGCGGAGCCGUCCCGGAUGGAGGUGUAUGAGGCUCGUGAAUGUCCCCAUGUGUCAUUAUGCUCCAUUUUGGUUCUCAUGUUCCGGCUUUUUCGUUGUCCUGGCUGCAUUCCAAAUUCUAUAGCAAAGGCCCCAUAG